AUGAUAUCCUACUGUGGAUCAAAUCAUCAAAAAGAUCAUUUUCCAUUACACAAGAAAGUUUGCAAAAUUACUUCAAUCUUGAUGAAGGGAAAGACUCACCUCUUUGAAGACUUUGAAAAAAAUGAUACGGAAACAUGGUUCCAAAUGAGACAAAAAUCCAUAUUUUUAGUGGAACGUGCUUUGUGUCGCCCUCUUAAAUCAGAUGAAAAAGAAAAUUGUGAAUUUCCCAGAGUUUGUUUCGUUUGUCGGGAAACGAGACAGCAUCUCUUAACAGACUGUGCUGGUUGCAGAUCCACAAGCUUUUGUGAAAAACACCCAAGCAGUCCCCUUCAUGAUGAAGACUGUGCUGAUUUAAACCGCUGUUUUGAUUUGGAAACACGCUGGAACGAGAUAAAACGUAUGGGCGUAUCUGCAGCUACACAUUACUUAAUAGACGCCACAAAGAUAAAUCCCUUAACGCCAUUUACGUCCAUGAAAGAAUUUUUAGAUCAAAACCUGAAAGCAGAUUGUUUCGACUUCUUCUCCGAUGAUCUCAUGCUGCCAAAAUUAGAAGUUCGUAACACCUUAUUCAAAGAGGAUUUUCCUGAAUUGUCAAAGCCCAGGAAUACUUCUGGGAUCCUCGAAGACUUGAAGAUGCGAGUAUCGGAAAAUCUGACGUCGAUACUGACGAUGUACAAUGUUUUUGAGAAAUUGAAAUAUCAACCUACUUCCAAAUUGAUUCUCCACGUGUGUAAUGUUUCAAAUACACUUCCAGAGUAUUUUAAUUCUUGGGAGCUUCUUUUACACUUGCUACCUAAGGUUAAUACCCUGAAGGUUCUGGUAGUAGUGACCGAUAACGACGCAGCGACAAAAAAGAUGAAAAUAAAAGUAUGCGCUGUAUGCGCUUCAAAAAAGAAGAUAUUGAUCGUCGAGACGAAAAGGAUUGCUGAAAUGGCGCCUUAUCUAAAACAUUUAGAAGACAGGGAUUCUGAAUAA